AACUUCUUGAAAACUGAGAAAAAUUUCAACCAGAGGGGGCCGGGCAGGGCAGGGCAGGGCGGAGUCGAGAAAUUGGAACUUCAUCACAGUACUUGAUGAUGCUAUUGGAGCCCGUGUCGACUUGCGUUGUGUCUGGAGUUCGACGAGGGAAACAAUGGUAGUUUGGCAACAAGCUGCAAAUUGUCAGAGGGCCUUUAGAGUGGACUAAGCUUUUGUUUGCCAUGCCGCCACCGCGACGCGGUUCGAACCUAGCUGGCCGGUCUCGCGACAUCGUCUCCCAGGUGGAAGACAAGCUGAAGCUGGGCGCCAAAUUGCCCGCUUGCCUUUUGGAAUCGACCCGGUCGUCGCUGCGCGUGUUGAAAAUACGAAACCCCGUUGGGAGUUUUGGCAGGUACGACAAUGACACAAAGCGCGCCUGUGCCUUGUUGGAGUACGACGUUCGCGACUACAACAAGAACCACGGCGACGGCGAUGAAAUCGAAAUCACCAUGGAAAAACUGGCCAAGGCGGCCUUUAUGAAGCUGAAGGACUUUCGCGACUUUCACCAGAAGAUUGGGAAUUUCCGGGACAACCUCCGCUCACAGGCUGCCACCAAUCCGACCGGGGCCACCGGGAAGAGACCCGUCGCGGCCGGCGCAAAGCUAAAUGCCGCCAACAAGGCCGGCAAGAGUGGCAACAAAGGAGAGACUCGCAUCAUCUUUCGCGACAGCUCCAUUUCCUCGCUGGCCAUUCGGUUGGGGGCAUUUGUUCCAAACUCGAGCGACGUGGCGGUUCGAGCCCAGAAAUUCUUCUGGGACGCGGUCGGUCACCUGAAACAGAAGUCGAAGAAAGGAGGAGUGCACGGAUUGCGGGACAUGCAACGAAACCAGGCCUUGUACGAAGCGGCUUGUUUCUACCUGGUUGCGACGUCGGGGACGGAGAGUCGGCCCAAGAUCCGUCGCCGCAAGAACAAGCCGCUGGGGGACUCCGGUGACGGCCCGGAGGACAACCAGCAACUCCUGCUCUCCACCUUUCUAGACGUGAUCAAGGAGGCUCCCUCGCAAUUCCAAACGGUCCUCGAUUACGCCAAGAAACUCCAGCUCGAAAUCGAACCGCCGUCGAAGGAGCGCGCCGGCAACCGGGGAAAAUCUGCCGGGGCUUCCCGACCGCGAUCGUCCCCGCGUUCGUCGACGUCCUCGCGAGCGGCCAAACCGGUAGCUCCGGGGAAGCGAUCGAGAACGGACGAUGCCCCCGGCAACGCCCAAGGCGCUGCCACAAAGCACCCAAGGAGCGUGGACGAACGAGACGCAGCCGGAACCAUCGACGUCGCCACCUUUGCCCAAUACGAAAACUACGAAAAGAACCACGCCGGAUUUGAGGGAAACAAGCCCCGGAUGCACACUCCACCCGGGUAUCGCCCGAACCCAGUCUUCAAAGAAUGGAAGGUCAAGAUCCUUGACAGAGCCUGCGAACUGGCCCGACAAAAUGCGACCGCUGUAGCGGGGAAAAAGGGCGAYGAGUGCGGAGGGAAAGCGGCAUCGCUCGAAGCGGAGUACGUUCUCGAUGCGGCGGCAAGAGACGUUCUCGCGAGACACGGAUUGCUGUGAAACAAAAGGAGCUCCACCAACCAUUGGCCCUGCAGCGUGUAGCCGACAACUACGGACGCUACCAAACGAGAAUGGAGAAAUACGGCAUUAUCUGGAUACAGCAACGCAACGUUUGGCAUAGAAAAAUAGGAUGUUUGGGGGUAACAAACCGUAGCUAGAAUG